AUGAAGGUUAUUCAGCUUGCCGCUAUCUUCGGAGGUACUGCUCUCGCAGUCCAGCCUCUUGCAGCUCCUCAUGUCCAGCGCGCCCUCACAGACACGCACUCCAUGGUCGUUAUGGUCACGUCAACUCAUCUAGUCUCCGAGAUCUGCACGGAUAUCGCGAGCUGCCCUCCUUAUACUACAACCGCCCAGACAUCCGUCGUUUAUGUCACUGCAACAACAACAAUCUGUCUUCUCUCAUCCACACCUCCCGGGUAUGGACCACCUGCGACUACAGUUAAUUCUUCAUCCGUUGCUAGCUCUACAUACCCCACCGAGUCUGUAGGCAUCACUGUCAGCACCAUUCCUGGGUCUUCGAUCUCUCCUACCGGUUCCGAAUAUCCCAGUGGCUCUGCUCCUCAGUCAAGCGUACUGCCAACGGACGUCUCCUCAAGCGCCUAUGUCACGGUGCCUAGUGUGAGCGUAAUCACUCGGUCGGAGUCUUACAACGGCCCUGUCGUUGUCACCCUUACGUCUGUGUAUCCUGGGUCAAGCGUUGUCAUUGUGAUCCCUUCAUCUACCACCUUAGAUGUCGUCAGUCCGUUUUAUUCCGGUUCACCAACUACACUCAGUCCUACCGGCUCUUCGACUGGAUACGUUGCACCUCCUGAUAACUCAUUGGUCUCAUCGCUCACGAUUCCAGCUCCUGUGGUUCCCAGUAGCUCAGCGGUCUCAUCUAUGUCAUACCCGGGCUCUGUUCCCUCUGGUAGUUCAGAAACUCCAUCCUACAGCAACACCGAUGCAGUACCUACCUCGUUGGUCACUCCAUCUCUGGGACCCAGUUCCGGUAACUCGGUUACUCCUUCGACGCCAGGCUAUGCUUCCUCCAGCUCAGCAACCCCACCUAGUAGCAAUACAGAUGCCGUGCCUACUUCCCUCAGUGCUACCGUUACUGAUUCAUCGUCGAGUGGAUACAACGUUCCUUCCAGCAUCUCGACUAAACAGUCAGGCUCUUACAUAGGUACCGUGCCAACUACCUUCACAGUCUCGUUAACCACAGGUCCAUCUUCAAGCGGGUAUGCAAUGUCAUCAAGCAAAUCGGCUAUCUCUUCAAGCCCUGCUGGUCUGUCUACGAGUGGAUACAUUGUGCCACCGGGUAGCUCAGACAUACUGAAAAGCUCGGGCACUGCUGUUCUACCUUCUUCUCCCACAGCAUCUUUGCCAAGUGCCAGCUCUGCUGGACCUUCCUCAAGCAGGCUCCUCACAGGAUCCGAGACGGAUGCUGUGCCCACCUCUUUUCCGUCUGGUGGCCCAUCGGCUGGGCCUUCAUCAGGUAGCUACUUUGUUUCAUCCGGCACUGCAUCAGGAUCUUCGGGUACUGGCUCUGGUACAUAUCCGGCUAGAACGUCUGCGACAUCUGGUUACCCCAACCCCUCGCACUCAGCAGGCUCUGAAUCUACCGUCACCGAUAGCACGAUUAGGAUUACGAGCUAUCAGACGCAAACGUUCACCUCAUACGUCACUACAGAACCUUCCUCAAACGGGGCUGACAACAACACAAACACGGACACACAGGCUGUAGCGACAAGCUUCCCUUCCAGUGUUUCUGGUUAUCCCUCCGGAUCCGGUUACCCACACCCAUCUGGCGGCAUCAACGGUACGAUAAUUGCGCCCUCUCCCAGUUAUAUCGAAGUCCCUAUCAACACCGGUCAUAUCGUCGGUGCCGGAAAGAGGUCUCUCACAGCAAUCGUCGUCGCUCUCGUCUUCGUUCAUCUCGCAUGA